UCAUUGAUUUUCCAUUUUGCAAUAAGAUCAACUAUUAGUGCAGAGUUACUGCAGGCUACGAGCGCUCCUACACAUCGCUUGUGGACUCGGGCUGUGGUAGCGACUUCUGUUGUUAUUGUCAUUUACUUCUAUGCUCAACAAAAUCACAAGGAAACUAAAUUUGCUUCGGUAAAUGAGGAACUACAGUUGCGUGCACAGAAAUUUGAAUGUUCAAAAAGCUAUAAAGCAGAAAUACGCCAAUUUCGGAACUGUGUGCCAAGGAAGUGUGGGCGCUUCGUUAGCGAUCAAUUGGUACAAGUAAAUGAAGCGGAAACACUUUUAAGUUUAGCUCGCACCAUAAUUUCAAUGGGGGGUUCAUCAGGGGGUGCAUCAAUUUUGAAUUUACACACGGGUGCACUUUCUUAUAAGGAACAGUUUGUAAACGCAUAUCUCGUGCCGAAAGUAGUCGCGGAAUUACGAGAACAUCACUUAUCAGUAUAUAACGCCGUUAAAAACAAAAUCAAAAUCGCUAUUGCAGAGCAAUUCGAAAUAUCCGCCGAUAGUCUUUAUCUCACCGAUCCCACGUUUUUUUCACGUUUAACAAAUGCUACUGCUAGAACAAUGAAUGAUGAAUACUGGCAUGAACAUGUGGAUAAAGACACGUAUGAAUCAUUUCAUUAUACGUCAUUACUCUACUUAAACACAUAUCAGAAAGAUUUUAGAGGUGGUAGAUUCGUUUUUAUUGACGGUGUAAACGGAAACCUUACUAAGUCAUCGAUUGAGCCAAAAAAGACGCGCGUUAGCGCAUUCACUUCAGGCGCUGAGAACAUGCAUCAUGUUGAGCAAGUCACUGAAGGAGAAAGAUAUGCCAUCACCAUUUCAUUCACCUGUGACCCCGACCAAGCGAUAGCAGAUCUGCAAGUAAGAAAAAGUGAUCCAUAAUUCUAAUUAACAGGAUCCCAAAAAAUUACAUGCAAAUUAAGCCAUAAUAGUAACAAGGGAAUGUCUUUCAAACUAUACAAUCCUAACACAGUAUCAUUUUUAGUUAAUUAAAUAAUACCACAGUAUUACUUCUUUUUACAUUUACUUAAAAAUAUAUGUUGUAGCAUUUUA